GGCCUGUUGCAGUGGCGUUAAAUGCCGAUCUUCUCCAAUAUUAUUCGAAAGGAAUUUUCAAUCCUUCGGCCUGUUCAAGUACGGUAAAUCACGGAGGUUUGGUAGUAGGAUACGAAGAAAAUGCCACCUUGCCAUACUGGAUAAUCAAAAAUUCGUGGGGCGCCACAUGGGGCGAAAAUGGCUAUUUUCGAAUGGCAAAGGGAUAUAAUCUUUGCGGAAUUACCUCCCAACCCAUCUAUCCAACAAAAGUAAGCAACACCCCUAUUCAAGAUGAUUCGUAUGGAGGUGCCUCUUUUAUGUACCAAAACUAUGCCACUUGCUUCUUGGGACUGAUUGCUUGCUUCCUCUGGAAUUUAUUCGCGUGAUCUUCGACCAGUUUAAAACACUCCUGCUGAAGGAUCAUCUGAAGGAUAAUGAAGGUUUUGGAAUAAGUUUUACGUACUAUUUAAGAAAAUAAACAGUUCUGCCUCACAGCAUGGCUUAGAA